AUGAAGGCGCUAAAAUUUGAAGCCAUGCAUAUUACCAUUUGGCGACCUGGGUGGAAAUGUGAGAAGGGCCAACAAAUUGUCAAAUUAGUGGAAAGAUUCAGCCAAGAUUUUUCCACAUUCAUUAACCAGCCGGAUUUCCACCCUAUCAAAAUCCUCACCAUAAAUGCAGAUUAUUUGACCCCGAUUUCCACCCUCCUCACCAAAUUUUGCCCUUCUCUGGAAGAGGUCAACAUCCAAUUUAACAAAGUUUGGAUUAAGGAUGAACAAAUCUUGGAUAAAUCUGGGUUCCCGGACGACCUGAUGUUCCCAAAAUUGAAAAAGUUGACGCUCAAUUUCUCCCAAGAUAGUCGCAUUGUGGAUGAUGACCUAGAAAUAUCCGAUUCUAAAUCUUUCCACAAACUCGUUCAAGCCUCCAAUGGAAUUGAGGAGCUCGUGUUAAAGAAUUAUGUCAAACUUCCCUGUGAUUUAAAUUCUUUUAAGAAUUUGAGAAAAAUCACGAUUUACGGUCGGAAAGAGUAUGUCAUGACACUGUUGAAGUUGCACGAUUGUCUGACCCAAUUCGUGGCCUUACCGACAGGGCAAUUACGUUCGUUUAAACUGGUCUAUGACGAUAUUGGGGUCCAGAGACGCUCAGAGACGCCAUUACUAUGUUUCCUUCAACAACAGCGACAAAGUUUGGAAAACCUGACGCUUUCCUUCACCUUCAGAAGCUUGGAUUUGAAUAGUUGUCUUUACCUUCAAGGUAUCGUAUUGCCGAGAUGCAUGCCAAGUCUAAAAAAGUUAUGGAUAAGUUUGGAGGAUGAGAGGGCGGGGACGGAUUCUUCGCAUGGGUUUAAAUUGGCUAGUCAAUUGGCGAAGGAGGCGGGAGAUUUUGAAGUUGUUGCAGACAGGUCAAAGGCGCCCUGUGUUUUACGCGAGGGUGAAGAAUGCGGUCUGGAAUCGUGUCCUGGGUGUAAUAAUUCUUUGGUUUUUGCAUCUACUUUUAGCUAUUUAUCCGACAUAUCUUCACGAGAAAAUAGUAGAAGGAAUGUACUGCUUUCUCCAGAGGCUGACAAUAGUCUGCGAAACCUUGCCGAGCGUGUGACCGCUUUGGAAAGUGUUGUCCAACAACUCGUGACCAGGAUAGAAUUACUAAAAGGCGAAAAUCCUUUUUACGAAGGGAUACAAGUGGAAUAUAAUAAUGAUGGGGAUACAAAUAACGCUAAUCAUCCCCCAAUAAUAGUUCGGAAUGUAAAUAAUCGAGUACCUUUAGAAACAAAACGGCCAGGCGUCGCUAAGAAGUCGACGAGUGGAGUCCCCAAAAAUCUCCUCGGUGAUGAUAAGAACCAUGCAGGUAAUUUCAGCUCUGGAUUAUUGUCUGAUGUCAAGGAGGAUGCGGAAUUUGAGGAUAUUCAAGUCAAGUUUGAGCCAUUAGACUUUGUAAUUAAUCCCGAAGAAGACAGAAUAUCAGCAAAUGGGGUAUUAUUAUUUGAAGACAUCGGACAGAAUUCGGACAACUUAGGCGACGAAGAUGGAGACCUGACUUUAUUUAAUCCCGGUGAAGUGAAGUCGUCUCCCCUAAAUAAUGUGGAUGAUAGCGACUAUACUCCACAAGAAGAUGACCUUUCCGAGGAAGAAAGCGGAUCCGAGAGUUCCUACAAUUUAAGAAAAAAUAAGAAAAACAAAAUUCGUCCAAAAAAUAAAACAGUCAUUUCCAUUAUGCCUACCUCCCAACCGGAAGUAACCCUUCCCAACCCGUUCAUUCGUCUAGGCCCGGCACUAUCAACUCCGGAAGAACUUGCCUCACACAACGCUAAUGUUACACAAAUUAUGAAGCAAACCCCGAAAAAAGGGAAAAUUCGGAAGCGAAUUAAGAAACCACCUGGUGUAGGAUUUAAAUUCAAAUGUGACCACUGCUCCUAUGGGAGCAACUUUAAGCGGAAAUAUUUACAACAUUACCAUCGGCACACGGGAGAACGACCGUAUUUAUGUGCGACGUGUGGGAAAGGAUUCCGUGGCUACGAUUUGGUCAAGAGCCAUGAAAAAAGCUGUACAAACAGGACCAAGUCACAUUCCUGUCCGGUGGAAGGGUGCUCGGAAGCUUUUAAACUACAGUCUAGCUUGCAACGCCACAUUAACAAGAUGCAUAAGGAUUCCCGGAGACAGUGUGAAGUUUGUCGAGCAAUUUAUUCAGGCCCUGAUUCGCUGUACAUUCACAAGAAGCGGAUGCAUCAAGAUCGUCCCUUCACUUGUCCCAUAUGCAGCCACAAAUUUGUAUUCGCACAUGAAUUGAAAACCCACGUGGAGCUACAUUCCGAUCCCAAGCAUACGUUUAGGAGUCGGAAGUGGCGUGUUGGUCCCCCAGAAGAAGUACAAGCCGCCGCUUCUCCCGAGCCGCUCGAUACCGACAAGAUUUACGUCGUCCCACCAACCUUCGUUUGUAGCAAGGACGGCUGUGGAAAAUCUUAUCGGAGGGAAGUGCUUCUUCAGAGACACGUGAGGGCGAGACAUUGGACGGAAGAAGAACGCAAAGUUGGGUGUGACGUGUGUGGAAGAAUUGUGAAAGACCAUAACCAUUUAAAGAGUCAUAUGAAAAUUGUUCAUAGCGAGGAGAGAGCACACGUAUGUGCCAUUUGCGGACAAGCAUUCAAAAUGGCGAGUCACAUGAUUCGGCAUGAACGUGGACACGCUAAUCCAAAUUGGAAACCGAGGUCAAACUGUAAACCGAAAAAGUACAAGAAGGAGGCGAAUUAGGAAUUGGAUCUGCGUCAAGAGUAGAGAAAGUAGCCAUCCUCGAGUGAAAUGGUCUCCAAAAGAUUGGAGGAAGGAGGUUAUAAUUAAUAUGGAACAGAGCUAAUUUUGUGAAAUUGGUUAUUGCAAAUAAGUGUUUAUUGUUAAAAUUAUUUAGUAAUUGGUUUUCUUAAGACAAAUGUGAAAUUCUUGUAUUUCUUUAAAAAAUUGUUAGGGUUCUGAUUCAAUUCAAGGAUAUUUGGAACUAGAAUACUUAUUGGUUGUGCAUAAAUAUUUUUACCAGAAAAUUGGAAUACAUUUAGUUCACAAAGAUUAGUUUUUUUGCAUAAUUCUUUAUCUUAUUCUGAAAUAAACGCGUGUUUAGGUUGAAAUAUGUACAUAUGCAAGAUUGAUUUUUAUUGUACACUGCAAAAUCUUAAAGUUGCGAAUAUUAAGAUUGAAGAAUACAUAAAUUGAAUUUGCAAA